AUGGAGGACUUUUACGAAGCCCUCCGACUGGACGACGCAAUCACUUCGUCCAUCCGCGAGAGCGUCGGAGCCGGUCACCGCCGCCCCUCUGCCCUCCGAGCUCUCGUCUCCAAACGCCUCCAAUUCGCGAUCGACAUUAUCGACAUUUGCAAGGAUGAUCGGGAACUCUGCCUUCCCAUCCUCCAGGACGAAUCUCUCAGCACACUCAACAACGUGGCUUUGAAGUACUACAGCCCUCCCGACGACAGUGACACCACAACCCAACAAAUAUCCAAAGCCGUACGCCCGGGUCCUCUCUAUCGCGCCCCAACGACCAUCCUCGGCGCCCUCUCCAACUCCGGAAUCCUGACUAUCCAACCCCCCGCCGCAAAUACUGCCCUCCGCGAGCUCCUAACCCUCCACGCCAACACCGACAAUGGCGGUAACACAACAUAUCUCACCUUUAGCCAAUUCACUUCCACAUCAGCCUACAAGUCCAAUCUAUCAUCCCUUACCACCGGCGAUGCCACAGCACUCCAAAAAACCCUAACCUCCCUCCUCCGUCUGCACGCCCUAGUCACAGACGCAGAAGACCUACCCGCUCUCCUCGAUGCCGGCUUCACAUCCGCCCGCUCCAUAGCCCUAAUAUCCCAAUCUAACUUUACCAACCGUCUCUCCUCCUCUGCCCUCAGCAACGACAAACUCGCAGCUAUACACCGCGAAGUACAACGCAUCGACACACGUAAUGACGCCAUCUGGGCCGACAUUGUCCGCUCCCGCACGGACCAUGUACAAGCCAACCUCGACACACUCUUCCGCGAUCUAGACAGCGUGACCGCUGAUGAGAGUGCCUCUGUCUUGGGCCCGGCGUCAUACCUCGUCGAUCUCAUGCAGCUCCUCCACGGUGUAUUUAUCGGGACUUGUGAAAAGGGAUGGGAGGUGAAGGAUGCCGAGACCAUGUUGGAUUAUCUUCUUGCAUCGGAGGCCUGA